UCGUCCCGCCCCGCACGCAGUGCAUGCUGGAUGAAGCGGAAGUAGCGGUGCACGUUGACAUUGCAGAGCGUCCGAUCCUCACAUUAGACACAGAAAGGGUUGGUGUUCAUCAUGGGUGCAUCUGUAUCCAGUCUAGCCCCUACUAUUCAGGCACAGUCUGCAAUGCCAGUUCCUCAUUUUGGUGGGGCAUCCCCACCCCCUGGGUGUCCCAUGCAUCAAGAGCCCCCUAAAAGCUCUCCGCCUCCUGAGUGCCCGAUGCAUCAGGCUCAGACGCCGCCGCCCAGCCCAGCACAUCAGGAGAGAGCUUAUGAGUUUGUCGAAUGUCCCAUGAGAGCUUCUGAAGGAGCCAUUGAUCCCACAAACAUGAUGCCACCUCCAAAUCAGGUGCCCGCCCCGGACCAGCCGUUCCCUCUGUCUGUGAAAAGAGAGGAGUCUAAAAUCCCACGAUCAGGCACAGACCAGCACUGGGUUUAUCCUUCUGAACAAAUGUUUUGGAAUGCCAUGCUGCGGAAAGGGUGGCGCUGGAAGGAUGACAGUCUUGCUCCAGAAGACAUGACCAAUAUAAUCCAGAUCCACAAUCGUAACAACGAUCAAGCCUGGCAGGAAAUCCUAAAGUGGGAAGCGCUGCACGCCAGCGAGUGUCCAUGCGGUCCAUCUUUGAAGAGAUUCGGGGGUAAAGCCAAAGAGUUCUCGCCCAGAGCCAGAAUACGUCACUGGAUGGGAUAUGAAUUGCCUUACGACCGUCACGAUUGGAUUGUAGACCGGUGCGGAAAGGAAGUCCGAUAUGUCAUUGACUACUACGAUGGGGAUAUUAAUAAAGACACCUACCAGUUUUCCAUCCUGGAUGUGCGUCCGGCAUUCGACUCUCUACAGGCCGUCUGGGAUCGGAUGAGGGUGGCCUUGUGGCGCUGGACAUCAUAAAAUCCAUCUUUAUAACAGUUCUGCACCACUAUAAGACAUCACAGACUAUUCAAUACCAGUAUACUAGAAUCUGUGUGCUAGUUCUGAGUGUAAACAUGAAUCUUUGCAAACUAUUGCACAUUGAUGGACUUAAAGGAUGUGAGUGUUCUUUAUUGGAGAGCACAGUGAAUCAGUGUUUCUUAUGAGGUUCUGAACUCAUCAUCAGCAAGCGUUUCUUUUUUUUUCUGCUUGUUGAGUGAAGGUUAUCAAACUGGAAAGCUUGCUAUCUGAUAUUACUCAGAGGUCAAACAUAUCCACUGGUUGUUUUUCUCUCUCAAAGGCUGAUUAUUGAGUCUCAGUUUGUUUGUGUGCUAAAGUGCUGCUAAUUAUGUUCUCUUUGAGUGAGUUUUUCUGAAAUAUUUUCCCUCGAUUUUUUUCUGAUUAAAUGUCAUUUGUUCAUUUGUUUUAAAUCUGACCUGCAACAAAUUAUAAUUCCAACUUUCAAAAGCUGAUUAGUGAGUGUUCUAGCUCAUGUUGAGAGUGAUUGGCAGCUGUUAGCAUUUGAUGUUCAGUGAAAUGGUUCAGCGGUCUUUGCUUGUGAAUAUGAUUGAUCCGAUGAUGUGUAUGAAAUCCUGUUGUGUGUGUGUGUGUGUGUGUGUGUUGUUUUUUUUUUUUAAAUUAAAAGCCCUUGUUCAGCUGGUCAUAUUCGUACUGCAACUGGGUUUAGCUUUAAAAUGAUGUAAUAUUUCUCAUAACCCUGCUGAAAAACCCCCAGCUAAAACCAGCAUAAGCUGGUUGAAGCUGACCAGCUAUAGAAGUUGUCAAAACCCCCUCUAAAACCAGCCUGCUGACCAGCUAAGACCAGCCUAGGCUGGUUUAAGUUGUUUCUUUCAGCAGGGUACUGUUUGGGUUUAAUUAUUUUGCUUGAACUGAUUUAUUAUUGUAUGUGUUUAUGUAUGCUGAACUGCUGUCUUUGAGUGAGAGUGUUUUUUUAAAUAUUUUCCCCUGAUUUCUCAAAUUCUUUAAUAAUUGUAACCCAACUCAUUUGUUUUAAAUAUGACCUGUACCAAAUUUUAAUUCCAAUAAGUAAACUGACAGUCUUGACAUGAGUA